CUCUCUGCAGGCAGCAGGCAGGCAGCAGUGUUCGGUGUUAGGGGAGAGUUGGAGGAGGAUGACACUCACACACUGACUGACUGCAGGGAUCUGAGGAAGACUAACCUGGAGAAAACCAGGACAAACUAAGGCUGACGGUGUGAUAAACGUGGGCUAAACCAGGCUAAGUCAAAGAAGCAAGCAGGAUCUUUUCCAUAUAGCCUUGUUGAUCCAAAAUCAUAGAAGCAAUGACAGUGCGGGGUGGGCAGCCGCCCUCUGCCCUGUGUGCGUGGGUGGUACUGCUCCUAUUGGUGGUCUCAGGUGAACCCUACCGGACCCCCUACGACCAGGAACAAGACCAGAACAGAGACAGGGACAGUGAGACAACAGACCUCAGGACAGACCCCAGGACAAAUACCAAGGUCUACCACAGAGAUGUCAGUGAAGUGAGGGGUAAAGACUGUCGGCGGUGUUGUGACCCUGGAGAGCAGCCCCCUCCUCAUUAUUCCAACCCCCACUACCCACAACAGUACCAAGCGGUGCCACAGAUCAACAUCACCAUCCUCAAAGGUGAGAAGGGGGACAGUGGCCAGCGAGGACCGUACGGUAAAUCCGGUAAGUCUGGCCAAUCCGGUCCCCGGGGGCCCAACGGCAUCAGGGGCACCAAAGGGAGCAUAGGGACCCCGGGUGAACCCUGCAAGGCCCAGUACGCUGCUUUCUCCGUGGGCCGCAAGAAGGCCAUCCACUCCAACGACUACUACCAGACCUUAGUGUUCGACACCGAGCUCGUCAACCUCUACGGCCACUUCAACAUGUUCACCGGCAAGUUCUACUGCUACGUGCCAGGGGUCUACUACUUCAGCCUGAACGUGCACACGUGGAACCAGAAGGAGACGUAUGUGCACGUUAUGCAUAACGAGAGGGAGGUGGUGAUCCUGUACGCUCAGCCCAGUGACCGGAGUAUCAUGCAGAGCCAGAGCCUGAUGCUAGAGCUGGAGAGAGAGGACCAGGUGUGGGUCAGGCUGUUCAAAGGGGAGAGAGAGAACGCCAUCUUCAGCGAUGACUUUGAUACCUACGUCACUUUCAAUGGACACCUCAUCAAGCCAAAGAGCGAGGGGUAGGAGGAGGGGGACGGAUGCGUCUAUGUCCCAGGUGGCACCCUUUUCCAUAUAUAGUGCACUACUUUUGAGCAGAGCCAUAUGGGCCCUGGUCAAAAGUAGUGUACUAUAUAGGGGAGAACAGGGUGCUAUUUGAGAUGUAGACAGGGUUGUGGGCUUGUGUGAUAUUAUGGACACGUGUGAAACGAGAUGGAGACACAAUCAGAAGAGUGAUUGGUUCACAGUUCAUAGUAGAAUAUCUCCUUAAUAUUCUUAUUGUGUCUUUUAAUAAAUGUAUUUUAUAUAACAUAAUCCAGAUAGCAAAAUAUAUAUUUUGAGAAGUAAACCAAGCCAAGUCUUAAUCUAGCAAAAACAUGUUGCCCACACAGUCCAAUAAAGAUUGAGGAUCUUUUGGA